CUAAACUGAUCUAUAAAAAGAGGAUAGCUGUUGGGCACAUCAACCGUCUCUAUUUCGCUAUUUUAUUACUACUUCGUUUUAUUAUUUUUAUUUGCCAAACACAUUAUAAGUUCAAUUUGGGCUCACUCAAGCACUCAGCAACUAUCAGCUUGGGAAAAUGAGUUGGGAGGUAGCAAAAGAAUUAUUUAGCGCAGAGUGGGUGAAAGAUCUGUGGGCUGCAUUUGAGGUUCAGGUUCUGGUAAUUGCAAGCUUAUUCUUUCAAAUAGUCCUGGCCGUCUUCGCCGCUCGCCGGAAGUACCAUAAAGGAGUUACUACUCGCUUCAUUGUUUGGUUUGCUUAUUUAAUGGGCACCUAUGUCUCGAUAGUGGCUCUUGGCAAGCUUACUGAAACCACCAACGACUCAAUUGCCCUUACUAGCAUCAGUUUUGGUGAUACUGUUCCUAGGAUUAACAUUACCAACAAUGAACUAAGGGCGAUGUGGGCCCCACUGCUGCUUGUUCAUAUUGGCGGUCCUGACAGCAUCACCGCCUAUGCGGUGGAGGAUAACCGAUUGGGUAUAAGGCAGUUUCUUGAGUUGGCAGUGCAAAUAAGUGUUGUUGGUCUGAUUUUUAUCAAAUCUUGGAACAACUCUUGGUUAUCAAUAACAGCCUUGGCUUUGCUUUUGAGUGGAGCUAUCAAAAGUCUCCAAAGAGUUUGGUGUCUUAGAUGCUCAGCUAUAACAGAACCAGUGUUUGAUAAUUUGGCCAGCAGUGAAGCUUUACAAAUAAAGAGAGUUUCGGAUCUUAAGCCCUCAAUUCCUGAUCUUCCAUUGCUCAUAAAGGCUUAUAUUCGUUUCGAACACUUAAAGCCUCACCUUCAAAAUUGGAUAGGCCAUCCUUUGUCCAUACACUUACCUUCUAUGAGCACACAUUAUUCCAAACCUGAAGAUACCUUCAGAAUUGCAGAAAUAGAGCUAAGCUACAUGUAUGAUAUGCUCUACACUAGGGCUCCCAUCAAUUAUUCCACCACAAGUUUUGUCCUUCGAGUCAUUUGUUUUCUUUGUCUAGUUUCCAGCCUGUGUGGAUUCGCAAUCUUGUUUCGAAACGCUGAUAUUCAGCUUUUGAAAAUUCUUGUUUUGCGGAAGUAUGACAAGAAGGUGGAUAUUGCCAUUACUUAUCUGCUUCUUGUUAGUACUGUUACAAUGGAAAUUUAUGCAUUGCGAACAAUUCUUUGCUCAGAUUGGUCUGUUCUUUCUUUGAUAAAAGAGCAAAGAAAUUAUUUUGUUGAUGCUUCUGUUCAAUUCUUUGCUCGUCUCAUUCCAAGGCCGCCUAGAUGGUCAAAUGAGAUGGAGCAAUUAAAUAUGUUGCAUUAUUGUCUGCAUGAAGAGCCUAGCAGGACUAGCAGAUUCAUUAGUCGGGUCCUGAGGAAUAUUCCAGGCGCUAAUAGAUACCAAUUGGGAUGGGAUCAAAGCUACAAGAGGUUUUGCAUAACACAGUUAGUUAGAGUUGAUGAUCAAUUCAAGAAAUUCAUAGUUAAACAGAUUGAGGAAGUUCGAGGACAAAGAGUUUGGCAAGCAUUCAGUAAAAGAGGAGAAUGGGCAUUGGAAAGGUACAAAUGUCUUGACCAAUUCAAAUGGAGCAUAGAAUCAGAUCAUACUAAUGAAGCAAACGCGCAAACAAGUUUUGGAAGGGCCAUAACAGUAUGGCAUAUAGCAACUGAGGCUUGCUUAGAUAGGGAUCCCCUCCUUUCAGGAAAAAAAGAAAAACAUACGGAGCCCCAAGAUACUCUCACUAAAGAGUUGUGUAGAUUCAGUUAUUUUUUGUCUAACUAUAUGAUGUAUCUACUAGCCGUGCGCCCUCACAUGCUAUCUAUUGGUACAGGGAAUGUGCUUUUCCAAGGCGCUAGUGAAAAACUCAGUCAUUUUUUAGAGAGCAUACGAGCAUCAUCACCAUCAGCAUCAUCAUCAUCUAAUAAAGAGGUAACGCAAGUAGAUUUUUUUCACAAUUUGCUCCAAAAGCGUUAUGAAGAAGCUACGAUUAACAUGCCUAAACCUGACAGCAAUGAUGACCAUGAUGAGAAUAUAUAUGCUCUCAGUGAUAAUGUGAUCGUAUCAAGCUGGGAUUUAUUAUUGGAUGCCAAACAACUUUCCCAGCUUCUGAUAGACAGGGAAGAUAAAUGGAGUUUGGUAUGUAGUGUUUGGGUUGAAAUGCUUUUCUAUGCUGCAAGCAAUUGCCCUUGGGCUCAUCACACUGAACAGCUAAGGCUUGGUGGAGGGUUAAUCACUAUUGUUUGGCUUCUCUUGAACCAUGAAACACAUAAGUUCAAUAUCAGUAUGUAUUGAACUUCAAUAUCUUGAUUCUGUUUCACAAAAUUUCACAUUGCUUUUAGAUCAUUCAUUGAAAUGUAACCACUUUAAACUUUAUUGUUUAACUUCAACUUAAUUAAAAAACUAUAUGUAUUGUCACA